AUCUUUUAUCCUCCUGACCGUCGGCUUUUUCGAUAUCCUGGGUAGCAGUGGUGGCAAACUUCAGAUGUAGACUAGUACAGAAGUUAGGACAAUAUCUAUCAACUUGCGAAAUUAGUUAAAUGUAUCAAACUCCAGCAAUUUGCACUGUAAUCUAUAGAAAGCUGGUUUUCUUUCUUUAGUUUCUCCUCGCCCUGUCUGAGUAUGGAUACCAGAUACAUUUUGGAGCAGACGUCGGUUGGGACAAGGGUCGGUGGGGCUGAUUUUAACUACCGGCCAGGCCGUUCCGUGCUGUGCGACACCCGGGUCCCCGCGGCGGAGAAAAACGGUCCCAUGCCGGUGUACACACACGGGCCCGUCUUUUACAAAUUGUUAAUGGACGGCGGCUCGGUGUCGGGAGUUAAGGGCGAGCGAACCUCUCCCAAAGGGAAUGGACGAAUAUUGCACGAGGUGGAAAAAACUGGCCUGGGGGAGCAGAAAGACACGGGUUCCUCUGGGAUCUUGAAGAGGGCCAGUCCUACUCACUGCCCAGGCACAAAUGGACAGUCGCCAGGCAUCUUCAUGCACUUGGACAUCAGGAACCCAGGGAAACAGGCAGAGCUGGCCAACAACUUCAGAGCAGCACAAGAGUGGAUCAUCCCACCGUCAGAGAUGCAACCCCUUCCCUCCUCCCACAUCCCCGUCCCCAGAAACAGGAGGCCCUCAGGUCAUGCUGAUAAGGAAGUGAUGGCUGCCACCGUCCUGACCUCACUGUCCACAUCUCCGCUGGUGCUCAACCCUUCCUCUGCUCCACCAGUCCCAGAGCCAGGCAGCAGGGCUUGGAAAGACGUGCUGUCAAAUAGCUACAGCAGUUCCACGAGUGGCAACUGGAGCUGGGACACCAGCGACCAAUCAGUGCCCUCCACACCGUCACCGCCUCUUUCCAAUGAUGCCAACAAGAACUUCCCUCUCUUGACCCCGGGGGAUGAUGUUAAUGAAGAUGUCCCAGAGAGCACACACUUCAUGUUUGAGGACCCAAUACCUCGUAAGCGAAAGAACUCCAUGAAGGUGAUGUUCAAGUGCUUGUGGAAGAACUGUGAAAAGGUCCUCAGCACCUCCUCAGGGAUCCAGCGACACGUUCGCACCGUCCACCUGGGGCGAAACACCGACUCGGACUCGGAUGGAGAGGAGGACUUUUACUACUCAGAGAUCGAGAUCAACAUGGACAGCCUGACGGAGGGCUUGUCCAGCCUCACCCCCACCUCCCCCACCACCUGCGGCCCACCGCCCGUCUUCCCUCCACCGCUCACUGCUGUCCCUCACUCCGAACGCAUCAACAUGAACAGUUCUCACAGCCCGACCCCGACGCUUCUCAGCCAAUCAGCGCCCUCCACCCUCUGCCACAUCCGCACUGACCACGCCUACCAGGGGCCUGUGAUCCAAGUCCGGACCGUCAGCAUCGGAGAGAAGCGUCAGCCGGCAGCCAUCACACACAGCACUGUCAUCAAGAACCACGCUUUAAUAACGCCUGCUCCUAAAUCAGCACUAGGAACCAGGAAACCCCGUGGGGAAGCAAAGAAGUGCCGAAAGGUGUACGGCAUGGAGAAGAGAGACAUGUGGUGCACAGCCUGUCGCUGGAAAAAAGCCUGUCAGAGAUUCACCGACUAAUCCAGUCCCCUUCCCGUGUCUGUGAGAUGAGUUCUUCCUCGCGCGGAGCGACAGCUGUAGACGGACUCUUCCACUGAGGAGAAGAGGGGGGGGGUUUCUCCACGAUGAAGCGCUCUGCUCCUCCAGCCCAGCAGGGCGUUCGCCUUCUCUCUUCCCUGUUUGCAGCCACAAAGAGAAAAUAAAAUUGGUGGGUAAAAACAAACAAAAGAAAUCAGCAAGAAAAAAAUAACUUUUUUAGACUUUUUGAAGACUGAAACAUUUUCAUCAAUAAGAAAAACAUUUAAAUUGGAAUCUCCUGAUAUUUGUUCUCAUUUCUCACAGCCUCAACUCCAGGCAAUGUUUAAAGACUACAGAUAAGCUUUUUGUUAUGCUCUGUGGGUGAUUAUAUGAGCAUCCUGUAGUGGAUCAUGACUUGUUGAAGGGUCAAGGGUCAGAUGCACUCGCUCUGUAGCAGAUCCUUUUUCUUUGUCACUGUGUAAGGGACUUCACCCCUACCAAAGGCAGAACGCCUGUUCACAUACAACCAACAGUUUAAAUGUAAGCCUAAUCCUGAAUCUAGCAUCACUGUCUUCUGCAGCCUGACUGGAUAGCAACGUUAUGUUUAAGUACAAAUUGUUCAUCAUCGACUUCCUGUUCCUUAAGCAACUUCAGUACAGCCAGCUUUACUUCAUGUGAUUUUGCAACAAUGCACAUAUUUGUGGUACAAAAAGAUUCCCCUUUCCUAACAAACUAUUUUUUGGCGAUGAACACAAUAUAUUAGAUAGAUCUUCUUAUUUGUUCUUAUAUGCACCUUGAAGAAAUGAGACAUAUUAUAGAGGAUCACUGAAAUGUCAGUGUCUGCCUGAAAGUGGAUGUCUUGUAUAGAGUUUAUUUUUCAGCAAUGUUGAGCUGAAGCAACGAGCAAUUGCACUGUGCAAUCGGCAGAAUUAUAUCAUUUAUUAUCAAUAUUGUCUUGCUUCGUGGUUGUUAUUAAGGUGAGGCAGAAAGGCUCCGUUUUUUAACCUUUGACAACCAGUUAUUCUAAAGAGAUCGUUUACCACAAUGAAUGAUAACUGCCCUUUGAAACGUAACUAACGUAACUUGACUGACUAAUGUAACUUUUGUAUGUAGAGAUUUUAACCCAACAACCCGCUGAUAAAUCAGUCAUUGGAAAUAAUCUCGAAACAUUUUAAGAAGGAGAUGUUUUUAGUUCUUUAGUCUUCAGAAUAACGAUCACUAACCAGCGUUGCAACAUUUCUAGAUGCCAAACUUCAUAGGAAACAAGACUAUCUCCUACUUUUUCAACUAAAUGUUUUCAACCGUUGAGAAGGAGUUUUUGUUCCGGUCUAACAUUUGGGAAUGAAAAGUGAGAAUCAAACCAGGGUGUAGGUGGUCGACUGAUUGAUAGUGGAGUAAAACAAAUAUUUCAUCAGAGUGAAAGUAAAGAUGUUUCUAGAAUAGAUCUGCAAUAUCAAAUUACUGGAUGACAAGCGCUCUCUAUUUAAAAGCCUUCCAAAUGUAAGAUUACAUAUCAUGUGGUAACAUUUUUAUAUCGUAAGAAAUUGUAAUUUUUUGAUAUAUCCCUUUAACCUGUAUUUAAAAAAAUAAAGAAUAGAGCAAUAUUGAUUAAUCUUUGAAAAAAGCACCCUUUAAUUUAAAAACCUAUAUUGUGUUUCUAAUGAAAAUAUAAAACAAUGAAACCUUCCAAGCAUGUCAUUCUUCUUUGUAAUUAUCAUUACAUGGCAUGGAUAGGACAUUUAGGAUUGAUCUCCUACUGGUGCUGAUACUAAUGAAAGUAAAAGAAGUAACUACAAACCCAGAGUCAUACUUAAGGACAUUUUGAAAUAAUUAUAGCAUACCCUGAAGAGAGAUCAACUUUUAUUAUUCUUUCCAAUCGUUAGUUACGUUAUUUUUAAUUUAAAUGAUUUUGAUUAAAGACUAUACUGAUCUUGUCAAGAUCAUAACCUACUGCCCAAAAAACAGGCAAGUCAAUGUAUUUAUUUAAACCAAACAAACCACACAUCUGUAUCCAAGGGCUUCACAAUCUGUACAACAUGAGACACUUUCUAUCUUUAGACACUUAGCCCCUCUACUUGGAUAUAGGGAAACCCCUUACCAGCAAAUGCUCUGACCUGCUCUCAGAAUCACGACACUAAAUGUGUAUUUUUGAAGAUUGACGUUGUGCUGUUUGAAUGUAGAGUCUGCGUUGUGUCUUCUACUCUCUAAGCGCUCCUGACACUGACGUGAUCACCAAAGCAUCGUAGGACAAACACAGUGUCCUCUCCUACACAAGCUUGGACUGAGGUGCAUGACGACUUCAGACCUCUGUCGCCAUAGAAACAACUGUGCUUUCCCCCUGUCGCCACAAGGUCACUCAGCUGUGUGCUGAUGCCACAUUAAAGGCGAACAGUUAUCACUUCUCAUAAAAGCUCAAGAGCAGAUGCCUGUUAAUUAGUGGCUUCAAGUCAAAUAAAUUAAGCACACUUGAAAACGAUCAUAGUAGUUAAUGAUAUCUCAUCAGUUCCAAUAAUAACCCACCAUUUUGUUAUGAUACAAACGAUGCCUGCCUGUAAAUCUUGAUCUCCAGUGGCAUCCCAGAUAAUCUUCCUCCUCUUCUGGUCAGAAACUUCACAAAGUGCCAAUGAAAAGAACAUGAAAAAAGGAAAAAGCUAUACUUACCUGAUGAAAUUGCACUAUGUUGCGCUGCGCAAAAACAUGUUUUUAUACAUGGACAUUUUAUAUACACACAUUUUGAAGUGAAAGAAUUUUCCUUUUUUAUUUUCAAGAGGGCGGGAGGGAUGUCGUCACUGCCCGAUGGAAUAAAUGGGGUGUCAGGGAAAGGGUGUUUUGUACCUUUAGGGUCCCCCAUUACUAGCAAGUAAACUUUACAUUAAGUCACAGUUAUUGUCUUGCUCUGUGUGUCAGAUUUAUUGCACUAAACACACUGGCUGUUUGUGAAGUGUGGUACUGGGAAGUACAGCGUGGUACUUAGGUAGUUAGUCACUCUGCCUUUCCUUGGAGGAGUGCCAAGGGCUUAAAGCAGCACCUGCCUUGUCUCCUGAUUGGAAAACACCGGUCUUAGUCAACGGCUACACAUUGAUGUCUAGAUAACAGAUGCUUUUACACUGCUUCAUUGCCUGGAGUUUUGUUUCACAAUACUCACACUUUUUAUCCAUAACAUUUAUGCUUCCUUUCUUAUUUACGAUUCCCUGAGCUGAGGUAGUUGCUGCAGUUAUUACUGCUGGAGACAGCUGUUACUGCUGUUUGUUGAUGGAGUGUCACAUUCAAUCAGGUGUCUCUCCAUCUAAAGCACUUUUAGAUUUCACCAGCAGGAUUAGAGUCCGAUGUUUUGAUAUGUUAACAGGCUCCUGUGGUGCUCACUAUUUCACCUCCACCAGUCUUCAUAUUUCUGGUGGACCAUCAUCACCUUGAGGGAACUUCUUUUCAUUUGGCACAAACGUCCAUUUAGACUCUAGGAUGAAGUGAGUAGAUUUUGGUGGUCAAAGAUCACUGUGACAAGACCCAUACUUUAAUUCUGACAAAAUCCACACAACACUUUUUGUUAAACCCCCUCAAAGUCCACAUGUACUAUAUGAGUCUGGACGGACAUGGAUGUAAACUGCAACUUGGUGGAGGCAUGACAUUGUUAGGUGGUAACUGUAGUUUUUUCUUUGCACUAAAACUGGCCUGUGAUGAACAAGACAGUUGGAGCUUGGCUUGUGUCAGCAGGGCCAGAAGAAAACUGCGGGUACAAAGUUGCUCUUGUAGAAAUUGAUGAGGAAUGUUUGACCUGUGAAAUGAGAGUAGAAACCGAAGUUGACUGUGCAGGGAAAGUUGAUGGAGAGCAGACACGGGACACGCAGUGACGAUAAAGAUGGAUUAACAGUUUCAGGGCUUUCUUGUACAUAUGCAACAUAAAGAGAAGUGUGAGGCUUUUCCAUAUAUUGUUGUUUCCUUGUUAUCUUGUUUUAUGAAAAGUACACUUUUUUUACAUUAUAGUUGCUCAGAAUAUUUGAUUGAGAAGCUAUAGCGAACAUAAUACGUAAAAGAUUCAAUGUAGCUUUGAGGCAAAGGGGAGAAAAAAAACCUGUUGAAUGUAAAACCCACAAAAACAAGUCUUUUGUUGUUAUAAUUGCUCGCUAGUUUGUACUGCCUGUAGUAAACCUUCUUUUAACACCCACAGCUGUCGCCACACUGCUACAUCAUAUCAUAUAACGCAACCAUGCAGUAUUGCUUUACAAUUUUACUUUGUGCAAUGAGAUGCUUUAUAGGGGAACAAGAACUAACUUCAGUUUUGUGACGUCUGGGCUACUUGCUUACACUGUUGCUAUUUGUCAAAUGUCUUUCUCCCUGCCAAAUGGCCAUUUUCUUAACGUGUUUAUCAUCAUUGUGAAUGUUGUUUGUGGUUGUGACGUUUAGUUGUUGUUAGGCAGGAUAACAUUCGACCUUUGGUCACAAUGAACAUUUAAAUGUUGUGGGUAAAUCUAUCCUGUCCUGCACAUUCCAACUGACAGCACACUGCUGAGUCUUCCCCUUGUUUCCUAACUGACGUAUCCUUCCUCCUCACUACAUUGAUUCUUUUCACCUCGUCCUUUUGCAUUACCUGUUGUUCUAUCAAGCUUUACAGUGGUCCCACCCAAGCCUUUACCCAGUUUAUUAAGCUAAAUUAAACCCUUCAAAUGUGCAUCAAAAAAAGCCUUUAUUUUUACUUCCACAUGUUGAAAUGGAUGUGCUGCUUUCUUGAAUGUCAAUGUGUGUAUCUGUGUGAAAACCAGCAGCAGCAAAGCCAAUAGAUCUCCUUCCAAAUCAAAUGUAAUGUAAUGCAUUGCAAUGGCAGCUCCUCCCAAUUCUCUGCUUCCUCACGCUUUUAUUAUUCGUCCUUUAUUUGUCAGACAUUUGAUGACCUUUUUUUUUCUCUUGUGUUUUUACUGAGCCUUAAACUGGCUGGUGUGAAAACUGACUCCUGCUUAUUUUUGUUUUAUCAUUGAUUGAUUCAUUGUCUGUUUAAAUUAGUGGUUUUUUUGCAUGUCUAUCAUUGCUAUUUUUUUAGUUUUUUGUUUGGAGAUACAACACUGAAGUGUUUUAUAUGUUAGAUUUCCCCUUCCAGUAACUGAUCACCCGAGGCUGAUGUACUUUAUUCUCCUCAAAAUAUCAAAAUAAUCAUUGCCGCCUGAAAAAGACACACAAAGCUAAAAGCAAUUUUUUAAAGGAAACGUGACAUCAGCCUCGGGUCUUACUGGAGGGCAACGUUUCUCCUGUGUGUGGGCUCGGCCUCUCUUCUUCAUCAGCAGUCCCACGCACAUGGAGGAAGCACUUUCUGAGGAGUGGUGCACUCAAGGAGUAUUUGUGUGAAUGUCAAGCCUAUGACUAGUGCUUGAAAAGAUGGAUGACCAUGUAUGAUGCUAAUAAUGUGAUCUAUGUGAUGUAAUGUGACAGGAAGAAAAAUAAACCUGAAUGGAAGAA